UUCAAGUUGACGUGGAUGCAUGUCUAGUUUCGUUUUUUUGGUCCUUCUUAUCGAAGUUUGUUUCAGCAUCAUUUCAAUUGAUGAAAGUUUUUAUUUACUGUUAGCUACCUUUUCAAAAUGUCCUCUGUUGAAGAAGGUGAAUGUAGUCGCGGCUUGGAUCAGCUCAACAAAUUCGAGAAACUGUCGGGGAGGCCUCCCAUCAGAGACUCAGGCUCUAAGAAGAGAAUAAGAUGGCUUCAGGCUCGGCGGAUCUUCUCCCCUUCGUGCCCCAACUUCCGCAUCCCUAAUAGGUUUCUGGGAGAAGGUCACUGUGCCCCCCCGGCCCGCAGCGGACACCGGUGUGUGGCAGACAGUGCCAACCUGUAUGUGUUUGGAGGGUACAACCCUGACUUUGAGGAGGCAGGUGGCUCGGAGAACGAGGAUUACCCUCUAUUCAGGGAGCUGUGGAGGUUCCACUUUGCCACGGCUACCUGGCAACAGGUCCACACAGAGGGCUACAUGCCCACCGAGCUGGCCUCCAUGUCUGCUGUCUUACACGGCAACAAUCUAUUGGUGUUUGGGGGCACUGGGAUUCCUUUUGGAGAAAGCAACGGGAAUGACGUCCAUGUCUGCAACGUUCACUACAAACGCUGGAAACUGCUCCACUGCAGAGGGAAGAAACCCAACCGAAUCUACGGGCAGGCCAUGGCCAUCAUUAAUGGCUAUCUGUAUGUGUUUGGAGGGACGACAGGCUACGUUUACAGCACAGACCUGCACAGGCUGGACCUGACUACCAGGGAGUGGACCCACCUCAAGCCCAACAACCCCCCUACAGACCUGCCUGAGGAGAGGUACAGACAUGAGGUAGCCCAUGAUGGACAGAGAAUAUACAUCCUAGGAGGCGGGACUUCCUGGACAUCAUAUCCUCUAGACAAAAUACACGCCUACAACUUAGAGACUAACUCCUGGGAGGAGAUCAUCACUAAACCUCAUGAAAAAAUAGGGUAUCCUGCAGCACGACGGUGUCACAGUUGUGUCCAGGUCAGGCAGGAGGUGUUUCUAUGUGGGGGUUACAACGGGGAGCUGAUCCUAGCUGACCUGUGGAAGAUCAACCUGCAGACCUUCCAGUGGACCAAGCUACCCACGAUCAUGCCUGAGCCUGCUUACUUCCACUGUGCUGCAGUCACACCGGCUGGCUGUAUGUAUGUGCAUGGUGGGGUGGUGAACAUGUCAGAGAACAGGAGGACUGGGUCUCUGUACAAGGUGUGGCUGGUGGUGCCCAGCCUGCUGGAACUGACCUGGGAGAGGCUGCUCAAGGCCUUCCCUCGCCUGGCCCAGCUCUCCUCCCUGCAGCUACUCAGCCUGGGCCUCACACACACCCUCAUCCAGCGCCUCAAGUAGACCACCAUGGCUGACGUGGGAAAAGGUCAAAGCAAGGACAGCGGUGAAGGGCAAUGGAUUGUGGAUGGAACUGAGUUGACUUCCUGCCACCAAUGAGCAGAGCGACUGAAAGGCCAACGGAACAAUGCAGAGGUGUGUUGGCAUGUCUGGGAAUGGACUGAGGGAACUGAUGUACAUUGUGGACAUAACGUCAGGUCAUCCUCAAAAACAAAAAUAUUGGAUGCCUAUUUUUUUUUUGUGGAUGUUUUUAAUGUGUGCACUUUGACUGAGUUUGAAAUCCCAAGUGGAAUGUUUGACAUUUGUGUUGAGUCCCUGGGACCUGGUGUAUUUCAGGGUGGGUUUGCCUUCAUAUUUCAGCAGCCAUGGCUUGACUAGGAGACAGUGGAGAUUUAGUAGGAAUUGGAGUUCACUGAAUGCUGCUUAUUUCAUCCUUUUAUAUGUUUAAUAAUAAUAUGCCAUUUAGCAGACGCUUUUAUCCAAAGUGACUUAGUCAUGUGCGCAUACAUCUUUACG